CGCCCACACAAUCCCAGUAUGAAUUGAAUUCGUAUCACACAUCUUUCAUUCUCCACCUUUCGUUUGUUGCCUAGCACAAUUAUACUUGAUUUUAAACCCAACGCAAUGACAACGUGACAUCAAUAUCCAUGGGGGGGAAUGGCUGUUGCUCAUCAGCACCGAGGAGAGAAGAACCUUACAUCUAGUGAAUUUUUAGGGUGAUACAGUUCAUCGUUUGCAGGAAAUAGAGAAGAGUAUGAUUUUUAUAAACACUUUCCGAGCCAUGAAGAGAUCAUCAGCUUCAACAAUUCUAUUUCUUUUCUUCAUCGUCCUCCUUGCCGGUGCUUUGUGUUUUUGGAUUGACGUUUCUGUUAUAGUUGCUGUGCCUCUCAGUCUGAGAAAUCGUUUCACCGGAAGACCAAGGACGUCGACCGAGUUCUCACUCAAUUGUUCCAAUCAAAGCACAACCACAUCAUACGUUGGAGCCAAUGAAUCAUCAUCCAUGGCAUGUCCAGGUUUUUUCCGAUGGAUCCACGAGGAUCUACGGCCGUGGAAGGAUACGGGAAUCUCAAGGGACAUGCUAGAAAGAGCUAAGAAACAUGCACAUUUUAGACUGGUGAUUGUUGAGGGCAAGGCUUAUGUGGAGAAAUACAGCAAGCCCUAUCAAACAAGAGAUGUGUUCACAAUAUGGGGUAUUUUGCAACUUCUCAACUUGUACCCUGGAAAGAUACCAGACUUGGAGCUGAUGUUUCAAUGCGGAGAUAAGACUGUGAUACAGAAACAUGAUAUCCAGGGCUGCGAUGCCAUGUCACCCGCAGUGCUAUUUCAAUAUUGUGGACACAGCACAGCGUUGAAUAUCGUCUUCCCUGACUGGACAUUCUGGGGCUGGGCCGAGACCAAUAUAAAACCUUGGAAAAUUGUGCUAGAAGGAAUGGUUGAGGGCAAUAAGAAGAUUAUGUGGCAGGACAGGGAACCAUAUGCUUAUUGGAGGGGUAAUCCCCAUGUCUCUCCAAAUAGGAAAGACCUUAUGAAGUGCAAUGUCUCGGACAAGUAUGACUGGCUUGCUCGCCUCUAUGAACAGAACUGGGGUAAAGAAAGGGAGCAAGGGUAUAAACAUUCAAGACUAGAAGACCAAUGCACCCACAGAUACAAAAUUUAUAUAGAAGGGAAAUCAUGGUCAGUAAGUGAGAAGUAUAUCUUAGCAUGCGACUCCAUGGCUUUGCUCAUAAAGCCCGAGUACUACGAUUUCUUCAGUAGAAGCAUGGAGCCAAUGCAGCACUACUGGCCCAUUAGGGCUAGCAACAAGUGCAAAGAUAUCAAGUUUGCUGUAGAAUGGGGCAACAACCACUCAGUUGAUGCACAGGCCAUUGGGAAGGCAGGAAGCAAGUUUAUUCAGGAAAACCUGAAAAUGGAAUAUGUGUACGAGUAUAUGUUUCAUUUGUUCAAGGAGUAUGCAAAACUCCUGAGAUUCAAGCCAAAAAUACCGGCAGGCGCCGUCGAGGUCAGUUCUGAAUCUACGGCAAGUUCUCUGGGUGGUUUAUGGAAAAUGUUCGUUUUGGAAUCAGUGGUGAAGUCUCCCGGUGAUGCACUUGUUCCAUGCACUGCGCCUCCUCCUUAUGAUGCUCACACCCUUCAAGAUUUAUUUCAGAGGAAGGAGAAUGUGAGGAGGCAGGUGGAGAUGUGGGGGGAUGAAUACUGGGAAAAUUUGAAUAAGAAACAGUAGAAGCCUCUCCUCCCUAGAAGGGAGCGAAUAGAAAUAUAAUUAACAUGGAGUCAUUCCAUAUUGUUUUUCCCUUGUAUUUUUGUAGGAUAUCCAUCCUGCUCGGAGGUAGAGAAGCUCCUUUAAUAAUGAAGUUAUAUUUCUUGAAAGAA